AUGUUUUCCUUUCUACUGUCUUCUUUCAAGUCUCAAUCUCUAAUAUCUUUUCUUUAUUCUAAAUCUCCUCUCCUAACUCCUCUUUCUCCUCUCUCGCUCUCUCUUUUUACUGCUUUCCUCUCUCUCUCUCUCUUUCUCUCUUCUCUCUUUUUCUCUCACUCUUCUCUCCUCUCUCUCUUCUCUUUCUCUCUUCUCACUCUCUUAUCUUCUCUAUCUUCUCUUCUCUCUAUGCCUCUCCUCGCUCUCUCUCUUCUCUCUUUCCUCUCUGUCUCUCUCCUCGCUCUGUCUUUUCUCUCUUCUCUAUCUCUCUCUCUCGCCUAUCUUCUCUUUCUUCUCCUCUCUCUUCUCUCUCUUCUCUUUUUCUCCUCUCUAUCUCUCUCCUCUUUCUCUUCUCUCUCUCUUCUAUCUCUCUCUUCUAUCUAUUCUCUCUCGAUUUCAUCUUCCUCUCUCCUAUCUCUUUCCUCUCUCUUAUCUCUCUCUUUUCUCUCUCUUCUCUCUCUCUCUUCUCUCUGUAUUCCCUCUCUCUUCUCUCUUUUCUCUCUCUUCUCUCUCCUUCUUCUUCUUCUCUCUCUCUUCUCUCGAAUCUUUCCUUUCUUUUUUGAAAAAGUUCUUUCUUUGGGCGUUAAUGCAUUCAUUAUAUUUUCUUCUUUACAAGAAAAACACCGAUAUCAGCUGCAAUAUUAA